AUGCCAUCGAAAUUACCGGAACCAGAAGAGCCAGUCCGGGGGGAUAGAAAAUUCCGCAAGUACUUCCUAGGGCCCGCAGUCAGAAUUUACGUCGGAAGCGAAGCCCAAGAAUUCUGCAUCCAUGAGACAUACGCCCGCAUGUACUCCGCCUUUAUUGACAAAGCCCUGAGCGGGCCCUGGAAGGAAGCCACAGAGCGGAAAAUCCACCUUCCUGCGGACGAGCCUGAGAUCUUCGUUCUUUUCCUCUGUUGGUUAUAUGGGGGGACCAUCGCAACCGAGAACUAUGAGGAAGGCAAACGGGUAGUGGACGUGGAGUACAUGGAGCUCGCAAAGGCGUAUGUCCUUGGUGACAAGCUGAUGAGCACUGGAUUCUGCAACAGUGUAAUCGACGCGAUCUGCGAGAAACUUGACCAAGAAACCAACUGUGAUAACCCCAUGUCUGCAAAGCUCCCCGGCCGCGAUGUCAUCCAGUUUAUCUAUGAAAACACACUCGUCGAUGCUCCGAUACGAAAACUGAUGGUGGACAUCUGGUGGAACCAUAUGAAGUCAAGGUCCCUGGCGGAGAAAACUGAUAUCGCCCUUCCGCAGCCCUUUGCUGUGGACCUUGCCAUUGCUGGUCUUGACAGAAGAGGCGAGUCUUCCUCUGUUCUUGUGAAAUCCAGAGGAUACUAUUCUCCGGUGUAG